ACAGGUGGUAGGUGAUUUGGCAAAGUUUUCUACUUUGGGGAAUGUGAAUAAAAAUUUGGGAAACAGUCUAGGGAAUCAAGAUGGGUAGGGCACAGUUUACCCUCUGGACCCAUAGUGAACCUACAGAGAUAAAUCUGUGAUGACCAAACUGUGAAAACUGCUGUCAGAAGAUAUGGGCAGGGUACUCCAGGAUUCCAGAGAAGAGGUACAGCAAUAAACUUGGUGGUAGCAAGAAGAUCAGGAAAGGCUUCCUGGAAUUUAGUAUUAAGGACUGGGAGGCAUUGGGUGGGCAGCAUAAGGUUUGUUUAGGAAGACAGGUAGUUACCGAGUAUGAUUGGCUUGUAAGGUGAGUGUCAUGCAGUGAGUGGAGACAGAAGCAGGAACAGGAUCACAGAAAACCUUCUCUGCUACAUUAGUGAGUUUGGACUUUAUUCUGAAGAUGAAGAGAAGCUGUUGAAUGGUGUUAUGACCAGAGUUUUAGAGGAUGCCCAGAUUGCAGGCAUGUCACCAGUUAGGAGACUUGCUUGGAAAUCAGUUCAGAGGAGAAAGAUGAAGCUACAACUAAGGCGCAGCCCUGGCAUGAAGAGGUGUAUGUGUGCUAAUUUUAGAUUUCUUAGGGGAGUAGAAAUGACAAGACUUGUGGUCAGUUGGGUAGAAAUGUUGAAAGAAACUGGGGAGUCUAGAUUGACCCCCAGGUUUCUGGUUUGGGUAAGCGGUGGCAGGUAGAGCAAUUAACUGAUGAUAUACAGAAAGAGGUUUCCUUUAUUUUUGAGGAAAACGGUAAGUUUGUCUCUCAACUUAUUGAAUCUGAGAGGCUUGUGGGACAUCUGGGUUAAAUCCAGUAGCAGUUGACAGGUUCUGGAAUCAUGAGGUACAACCCAGGCUUCGAGAGCUUUGAGCAGCUUGAGCGUUUGGACAUCUCCGCUGUUGCGUAGUAUGAGAGAACCUAAACUGGUUAUAAGUAAACACAAUUUUUUGAAUAGUUAGGAAUUUAAUGUGUAUGAAAAGCAUACAUUGUACAUCAAACCUAUGACAUCAUGGAUAUUAUCAGUUAGGCCAAGCGAGACCAAUAAAAGAAACAUCAAGUAAAUAAAAAUACAUGUGGCAUGUGGAAAUGGCAAAAAUCAUGGUGAAGCUAUGCAAAUGGUGGAAGUUCAGCAAGUGCUGUGUUAAGCCAUGGGUGUGGUGGGUAAGAUCGCCCACGGAGAGGGUAAGCAUGAAAAGAAAAGAGAGUUGACAUUUGGGUGGCGGGGAAUGGAGGAGAAGAGCCCAUGGAGACUGAGGAAGCGCAGCCAGAAGAAUAGGAGGAGAGCCAGAAGAUGGUCUCUGGAGUCCUGAUGAAGAGUUCUGAAAAGGAGGAAGUGGUCAACAGCGUCAAGACGCUGUGCCAUGGACAUUCUGGCCCUGGGAGAGUACACUACAACAGAUUAUGCCUGGUUAGAAGAGUCCCCUUUUGAGGACGAUAGUGUCUUUGCUUCUGAAUUUAUGCCCAAUGAUUAUGUUCGUGUGACUCAACUCUUCUGUGAUGGGGUGGGUAGGCAGUAUAAAGAUUAUGCUGAAAGUGAGAGAAACUUAGAAUUCGACAUCUGCAAUAUGUGGUGUACUAAACCAGUUUCUAUCCUGCGAGAUUACUGUGAUGCCAUUAAAAUACACAUCUUCUGGCCACUUCUGUUUCAACAUCAACACAGUUCCAUAAUAUCACGGCUGUACCCCUGUGUGGAGGCCACCAGUUCUCAUACUUCUGAGAUAAGUUUGAAGGAAUUGCAACAUCUUGAGUUGAUGGAAGAUAUUGUGGAUUUGGCGAAGAAAGUUAUGAACGAUUCCUUCUUUAUUGGAGGCUUACUGAGAAUUGGUUAUAAAAUAGAAAAUAAUAUAUUGGCAAUGGAAGAAGCUUUGAAUUGGGUGAAAUACACAGGCGAUGUAACAAUUCUAUCUAAAUUAGGAGAAGUUGACAAUUGUUGGCCUAUGUUAAGUAUUUUCUUUACUGAAUACAAGUAUCACAUAACUAAAGUUGUAACAGAAAACUGCAAUAUACUUGACGAAUUUAAAAGACAAACUUGUGCGGAGUGUAUACAGCAAGGAGAACUAAUGAAAAUGAAAGGAAAUGAAGAGUUUUCCAAAGAAAGAUUUGAUCUAGCUAUUAUCUAUUACAGCAGAGCCAUUGAAUAUAGUCCUGAAAACUACCAUCUUUAUGGUAACCGAGCUCUUUGUUUUCUUCGCACGGGACAGUUCAGACAUGCACUUGGUGAUGGAAAAAGAGCCAUUAUUUUGAAGAACAACUGGACAAAGGGUCAUUAUCGUUACUGUGCUGCUCUUUAUAUGCUGGGGGAAUAUGACUGGGCCCUGCAAGCAAACAGUAAAGCUCAAAAACUCUGUAAAAAUGACCCUGAGGGAAUCAAUGAUCUAAUUCAGCAACAUGUAAAGUUACAACAACAAAUAGAAGAUCUGCAAGGCGGAACACCAACUAGGAAUCCUAUUAAAGCCUUUUAUGAAAGUGGAGCCAACACACCUAGUUUACCAGCACCUGCAUUUAGUACUUCACUUAACUUUGUAGAGAUCGAAAGAGAUUCCAGCAAAACCUACCACGAAAUGGCAUACGAUGGUAAUCAGCAUCUAAUGGUGGUAGAUGAAGCUUUGACUAUAGAUGAUUGUGCCUGUCAUCCUGAAUUUCUACCACUAUCAGGCCAACCGCCAAAAUAUAAAGGAAAACAAAAAUCUCGAAACAAUGAGUUGGAGUUCAGUUAUAGUUCACAAGGGAGUUUUCCAGCAGAUUUGAAAAGCCUCUUGGAGAAACAGUUCUCUAAAUCUUCCAGAGCUGCACACCAGGUACAGGAAAAGGCUUUUCCUGGGGAAAAAGCGAACUCUGGGAACAAACCACUUUUCACAAGCGCUAAGUCUAACCAUGACUUUGCUAAUAUAAUGAAAAUGUUGAGGAGCUUGAUCCAGGAUGGUUACACAGCUCUGCUGGAGCAGCGGUGCCGCAGCGCGGCCCAGUCCUUCUCGGAGCUGCUCAACGGCCUAGAUCCGCAGAAAGUAAAGCAAUUGAACCUGGCCAUGAUUAACUAUGUGUUAGUGGUCUACGGACUUGCUAUUUCUCUCCUUGGAAUAGGACAGCCUGAGGAAUUAUCUGAAGCUGAAAACCAGUUUAAGAGGAUGAUUGAACACUACCCCAAUGAGGGCCUCGAUUGCUUGGCCUACUGUGGAAUUGGAAAAGUGUACUUGAAAAAAAACAGGUUUCUAGAAGCUCUUAAUCACUUUGAGAAAGCAAGAACCCUGAUUUGUCGACUCCCUGGAGUGCUAACUUGGCCCACAAGUAAUGUGGUUAUCGAAGAGACUCGGCCAGGGAAAAUAAAGAUGCUCUUAGAGAAAUUUAUUGAAGAAUGCAGGUUCCCUCCAGUGCCAGAUGCUGUUUGUUGCUAUCAGAAGUGCCAUGGAUAUUCCAAAAUCCAGAUAUACAUCACAGAUCCAGACUUUAAGGGUUUUAUCCGAAUCAGCUGUUGCCAGUACUGCAAAAUAGAAUUUCACAUGAACUGUUGGAAGAAGUUAAAAACAACAACCUUUAAUGAUAAAAUUGACAAGGAUUUUCUACAAGGAAUUUGUCUUACCCCUGACUGUGAAGGUAUCAUCUCUAAGAUUAUCAUCUUCAGCAGUGGUGGUCAAGUUAAAUGUGAAUUUGAACACAAAGUCGUAAAAGAAAAGAAGGUUCCUUCAAAACCUAUUCUGAAACAGAAAUGUUCUAGCCUAGAGAAGCUAAGACUGAAAGAAGACAAAAAAUUGAAGAGAAAGAUCCAAAAACAGGAAGCAAAAAAAUUAGCACAAGAAAGAAUGGAAGAGGACUUAAGGGAAAGUAAUCCACCCAAAACGGAAGAGCAGAAAGAAACUGUGGCCACUGCUGAGAGCUGUCAGUUCCUGGACGACAGGAUCUUGCAGUGCAUCAAGCAGUAUGCCGACAAGAUCAAGUCCGGGGUGCUGAACGCGUCCACGCUCCUCAAAGAGCUGCUCUCCUGGAAGGUUUUGAGCACAGAAGACUACACAACCUGUUUUUCCAGCAGAAAUUUUCUAAAUGAAGCGGUGGACUAUGUCAUUCGCCACUUGGUUCAAGAAAAGAAUAGAGUCAAAACAAGGCUAUUCCUGCACGUUUUGAGUGAACUUAAAGAAGUGGAGCCAAAAUUAGCUACUUGGAUCCAGAAACUUAAUAGCUUCGGCUUAGAUGCCACAGAAUCUUUUUUUUCUCGUUAUGGAGCAUCUCUCAAGGAGCUUGAUUUUAGCAUCAUGACUUUUCUCUGGAAUGAGAAGUAUGGUCAUAAACUAAACUCUAUAGAAGGAAAGCAACUUGACUAUUUCUGCGAGUCGGCAUCAUUGAAGGAAGCCCGGUGUCUGAUCUGGCUGCUGGAAGAACACAGAGACAAGUUCCCAGCCUUGCAUAAUGCGUUAGACGAGUUCUUCGAUAUCAUGGACAGCCGCUGCACUGUGCUGAGGAAACAAGACAGCGGGGAUGUGCCAUUUAAUUCUACCAAGAUAAAAAACAAAGGCAAGAAAAAGAAGCCAAAAGAUUUAAAGCCUAUGUUAGUUGGGUCUGGAACAACUUCAGUAACACCUAAUAAUGAGACUAUCGCUUCAGGUGAAGACCAUAAACGCAAUUCAAAUUCCGCAGGCCCGUUUGUAGUGCCUGACCACCUUCGGCAAGAUGUAGCAGAAUUUGAAGCUCUGUAUGGACAACACAGCAAUGAGUAUGUUGUCCGUAAAAAGAAGCUGUGGGACAUUAACCCAAAGCAAAAAAGUUCAACUUUAUAUGAUUAUUUCUCUCAGUUGUUGGAGGAGCAUGGUCCCUUGGAUAUGAGUAACAAGAUGUUCUCUGAAGAAUAUGAAUUCUUCCCAGAAGAAACUCGUCAGAUACUAGAAAAAGCUGGAGGUUUGAAAUCUUUCCUCCUAGGAUGUCCUCGUUUUGUUGUGAUUGACAACUGUAUUGCUUUGAAGAAAGUUGCAUCACGGCUCAAGAAAAAGAGAAGGAAGAAAAACAUCAAGACAAAAGUGGAAGAAAUGUCAAAAACAGGAGAGUACUUACGAGUUAAACUGCCGCUGAAUCCAACCGCUAGGGAAUUUAAACCAGAUGUGAAGUCCAAAGCAGUGUCCAGUUUAUCUUCAGCACCACCUUCUGAGGGUGCAAAACCCCAGCCUGCCUCUGCUGAUUUUCCCAAACCAGCCUGUGAAGCUGAGAAGCCACAACCAGUGUCCAAGCCACAGCCAGUGUCCAAGCCACAACCAGUGGCCAAGCCACAGCCCGUGUCUGAGAAUUCUCGCAGGUCAGUUUCAGAGGGCGAGAAGCCCAAAGAGGUUGCUCCCAGUCCUCCCAAAGCAGCCUCUGAGGAUGCGAGUCGCCAUCCUCAGGGUCGUUCGACCUCCAUUUCUCCCAAGCCAGUUCAUGAGGACAUGAAAACAGCCUAUUGGACUCAAGCCCAUGUGGUCACAGGGUACUGUACAUACCUUCCCUUCAGGGCAUUCGAGCUUGCCCCGCCACCACCAGCAUACAUAAGCAUGGUCCCGACCUUGCCCCAGUACACUAACAUUUACACACCGCUGGCCACCAUUUCAACUGAAUAUCAGCUGCAAACAUCAGUGACAGUGGUGUCAUCUUACGUAGCCAAUGACAGACCAGAUCAGAGUGCUGCUGUGUAUUUUGAUGGUCGUCGUUUGAAUGCUGAGCAUGCCCCUGGCAACCAGAUUGCCUCAGAAACACAGAUCCUUCAGGAUUCUUUGGAGAUAUCAGUAAAGUCACAGUACAGCACAGGUGGUGCUGAUCCAGCCCAGAGUGAGCCCCGCAGAAAUAAUGGCCACUGUGGAAGUUCUGCCCACAAGCAGAAAGCAAACCCAGAAAGGACCGAUGAAGCCACGAAUAUUCCACAUACACAAGUGGUUGCCAUACAGGUGUCUGGGAAUGUAGCACAUCAAGAAGUCAAUACCGAGCCAUAUGAUCCUUUUGAGGCACAACAGGGGGAUAUUUCACAGAUUGAAAAGGAGUCCCACGUUUUACAAGAGCAGCUUGAGGAAGCCUGUGAAAAUUACGAGCAGAGAAAACUGAAGGGCUCAGAAGAGACCAGGGACCUGGAAGAGAAGUUGAAAAGGAACUUGGAAGAAAACAAGAUCUCAAAGACAGAAUUAAACUGGUUCCUCGAAGAUUUGCAAAAGGAAAUUAAAAAAUGGCAACAGGAGAAAAAAGAAAUACAAGAAAGACUAACAGCACUAAAGAAGGAAAUGAAAAGGGUUUCAGAUGCCACUGAAACGUACACCCAGAAAAAUGAUGGACAGGAAAAGGAACAUGAAUUCCUUCUGGAUCAGUCUUCUGAAAUCAGUAACACAUUUACAAAUGAGAAAACGAAAAUAGAAGAGCAAAUAAGGAAAGGGAAGGAGCAAUAUGAGGAGGUUCUUCAAAGAGCUGUGGCUGCGGAGGUAUCUGUGCUUGAAAACCGGAGAGAGGCAGAAGUAUAUAAGUUACAGAUUGUGGAGUCACAAGCAGAAGGGUAUCUGAAGACCCUGAAGCAAUUGCGCAGUGAUUCUGCAGCAUAUCCUGAACUAGAGUCUGACAUACAUUCAUGGGAAUCAUUUCUUUCUGAUGUUAGAAAAGAAAUGGAGAAAGCAGAGUCUCAGUUUGAAGAACAAAUUAAGGCCAUUAAAACUGGCUCUCGGCUCAGUGAGCUUCCUGAAGUGCAGAUCUCCGCGCUCCCGUUCCCUGCAUGGAGCACAAUUCGCCCAAAGUCACUUCCUGAGUCUCCAGGUCACGAUGAGCAGGGUCCCUCCACGUCUGCAAGUCACGGGACCGGAAACCACACACCGGUUCCCAGGGAUUCAAGCCUGGUCUCUGCCGGUGAUCGCCCACUGGGGGCUCCCUCGCCAUCACUGCCAGCAUCGCCCUCUGCUCAGCAGGAGUGUGAGGGCGCCAACCAGGCAGCUCAGCCAAAAUGCAGCCUCCCGGCUGAUCAGAAACUGCCCGGUCCUCCAGGACGCACGGCCCGGCCCAGCCAGUCUCCGAAAAGGCCCUUCAACAGCAUCCUCGAGCACCUGUCGGCGGCGCUCCCCUGCUACAGCAGCACCGAGCUUGCUGGUUUCAUUAGAAAAGUGCGAAACAAAAGCAAGACCUCGCUGUCAGGACUGAGCAUUGAUGAAAUUGUUCAGAAGGUGGCGGCACACAUUCUGGAGGAACAGCAAAGCCAAAAGCCACGUCCAGGACAGGACAGGCCGCUGGCCGGGCCCAGCUCCGCUGCCUCGGGGAUGGGGGCCGCCCAGGGCCCGCCCUCCGUGACUGCUGGACCUUCGCCCAAAGCCCGGGGCCAGAGGACAGAAGAUGCCCCUACACUGGGUGCACAUUCCUGUGAAAUAUGCCAUGAGGUGUUCAAAUCCAAAAAUGUGCGUGCGCUGAGCUGUGGGCACAAGUUUCACAAGGGGUGCUUCAAGCAGUGUCUGAAAGGCCAGAGCACCUGCCCCGCCUGCCUCGGCCGUGACCUCCCGUCAGGAGAGUAGCCGCACCUUCCGGAAGAGGCCGCCGCUGCCCCAGGUAGUCAGGCCUACCCAGGGGAAUUUAGCGGUCAGUUGAACUGGAAGAAUAACAGUAUACAGCUUUGAUAUAAAAGGCAGACAUUUGAAGAUUCUUUGCACUGUGUCACAGUGCUAAUAAGUGGAAAUCUUUAAUGUAGUUGAUAGUAAUCCCCUGCUCUGAUUAACCACUUGGGUAACAGCCCCCUGGGGCUGAUGGAAUUGGCGUGACCACAUUCUCACGCGCUGGGCUGCCGCUGGGACCAUGGCUCUGCAUGACACCCCAGAGCCGCCCUCAAGUUUGUGGCCUGUCCAAUCCUUACAGGAGUCAGUGUUCCUGAAAACACGCCAACAUGCUUCCUCAAAGAUUCUGCAUUUAAAGAUGGGCUUAAGCAAACCACACUUUAAUCAUAUGUAGUUGAUGUUAAAAUUUUGGCUGAAUUAGACCAAAAGAUUAGAAUCUCCUCAUGUGAAACAUCGUGUGAUUUUGAUUGCUAAUUAUUUCAUUUCCCACAAGCAGUUUUCUAAAGUGUUUGUCAUCUUGUAAAGAUAUAAUCUGAGUUUUGAAAAUUGAUUAUAAACCACUUUCUUGUAUCAGCCUCUUUACCCCUGAAAUCGAGGCUCCAUGCCCAUCGUCCCACCCGCAGGUGGCGCUGGCUUUGUGGCUCCUCACCUUCUCCUGUGGCAUCUUCCUGCUUCCUGGUUAGACACAGGUGCCAGGUGUCUGUCGCUCGCAGCAGGCACUGUGGGGAGCAGGCAGCACCAUCCCCUUCCCAGUCCCACCACCAAAAACAGACCCUUGUGUAACUGGCAACCCCAAGGUGUCCCUGCUACCUCGCUCCGUGUUUGUGUGAAGUAAUGCAUGCAUCCUGUACUAACUACACUAGGAGCAGUUAAAAUUAGUUCUCCUUAGUGACAUGUAGACAGUGGUAAACUUAGAAACACGAAUUCUGGACGCAUUCCAUUUCUCUCAAACAGGAAGGAGCAAUAUAUUUUUUUCUGUGUGUUUUUUGUGCCCCUGGAAGCUCACAAUCCCAAGUUCAUGAGCCGGUCUGUCGCCCUCCUCUGCCUUGCUCCGUGAGUUUCAAUGUCUCAGUGACGGUCUAUAGGUGCUUAUUCCCUGUUUUGAAGCAGGUUCUCCUACCACCUUGUCUGCAUGUUCCUAAUGCCCGAGACCUGUCGGCAGGAAGGUACAUAGGGACCAGUUUGUAGCAGCAGGGAAAUGAGAGACGGGCCUUGUACAUAACUUCCGACUCGUGAACAUGCCUUACACAUCUUGUGAGUGUCAAAUAAAAGAGCAUUUUAAAAUGCA